GUCUGAUCCUUUGAUGCAGAUAUUGAUGUCAACUAUACGAUAUUCGUCUGUGAUUUUUUUGGAAAAUGAGAAUUUUACUUGCGAAAAGGAUAAAAGUCGAUUUUGUGGAGCCGGUGAACGAUGAAAAUGAGACGCCAGUUGAACUAAUGAAUAUGACCGGCACGCAUCUUCAGGACUUGAAUGAGUAUUGUCUCCUUGACAUAUUCACGACGAAGACAUUGGAUCUGACGGAUUUAUGUUCUAUCGCCGAGACUAGUAAACGAUUUAAAGAAAUUGUUAGACGGAUCAUUCCAAAGGAAUUACGGUUGUCCACCGAAAAUGUCCACCUUUACGAAGUUAAUUUGGGAAAAUACCAGCUAAGGUCAUGGAUGUCGGAUGAAGGACGUAAGGACCUGAAACGAAUUUUCAAGAGUUUCGGAUCGUUGCUGUUGAAAGUAUCAGUGAAUAGUGCUGGGAUACGUUACGAUGCUUUUAAUACCGAAUUGUUAUUGUUACAGCUAAUAACGAUACAUUGUGUUGGCAAUUUGAAAAGCCUCAACCUCUCCUUGAACAACGAAAAUUUGGUCAUGAGAAUUCCACCUGCUCUUGCAGCUGAAUUAAGGCCAAUUUUUGAACAGCUACAGAUCAUCCACCUCAAAAACGUUUUCGUUGACGGUGACAUAACGCUAUUUGCAAAUUGUAAUUCUUUGGUUGAUUUGGAACUGAUCAACGUACGCAACUGUCUAAUUCUGGAAAACGCCUUCCCGAAACUGAAUACCUUCACAUAUAUAAACUAAGAUCACGUACCGCAAAUGUUGACGACCUUUAUUUUACGUAACCCGACCUUGCGAUGGCUUCUGUUAUCUAUACAAAAAAACGAUGACACUUGCGAGAUUACCAUUCCACGAGCAAUUGCCAAUAGUUGCAAAAAUUUGGAGGAAUUACGAGUUGGGUUGAGGUCUUUGCCGACUAAUUCAAAAAUAUAUCUUCAACCCCUACAAGAGCUUAAAUCGCUGAAAGUACUAUGCAUAGCGGAUCGAGUGUUUGAAGACCUACAACUUUUUGAACCGAUGACGCAACUACGUGAAUUAUCAUUACGUUAUUGCACACUCCCAAAGGAUUCUAGUCAAUUCCAGUUUUUAACUCAUAUAAGACAUCUGAGAUUGUCCGGAUACGAUGACAACGGUGUGAUUGAUAUAAUCAGUCGGCUGAUACACCUGGAACGGAUAUUAAUUUAUUGGAAUCGCACGUACGGAUCACGUUUUGAAUUGGAUGAAAAAACAUUUGCAAAAAUUGUACGCAUUGUGAAAGGAAGGUCGAACGUGUUGGAGCUUGUUUGUAACUUUAAUUUUAAUGCGAAAAAUUGUGACCGAAAUCAAAUGGUCAGAUUAAUAAAGCUUAUCGACUGAUUU